ACAAGAAUUUGAAGUUUACUGCAUUGAUGAAGGCUGUUCACAAUUGACAGUUGCUGAAAACAUGGUGUAGAAUAAAGUACAAAAUAUUUCGGUAGCGGAAAAAUAACGUCUUGUGUUAAAAUCGAGAAAAUUAAUAAAUUUUUAAAUAGAGCCCACAUUUUGGAAUAAUAUUCAUUAAUAGCGAAAGCAGAAUUUCAGUGAAGUGAAUGUGUGUUGUGUAUCUUAAAUAAAGGCUACCUGCUGUCGCCACAGUGAAUGUUUACAAAAUUUCCGAUAAAGUGGCAAGCGUAAAAUAGCUGAUAAAAGUGUAUUGUGCAACAUUGAGAAAUGUAAAUAAAAAUAAAAAACAUAAACGUCAUAAACGCAGAUAAAGACUACGGCAUUGUUUUGUUUAAAGAUUAGAGUAUCUUGUCUUGUCCCAUAAGACACCGUUAUCAGCUACGUUUAAAUGCUUUUACUUAAAAAGUUUACGUGCACUUGUUGUUGUUGUGUGCUGGAUUUUUGAGGUGAGCCGAAAAAUUGUUGUGAAUAGUAAAAGCUAGCCAAACAACAAAAAAAAAAAUAAUAAUACUGCACAUAAGGGAAACACGUCCGAUGGCGCAAAUUAGCAUCGCAUGAAUUGUGCCAAGCUGAUGGUUGAAAAUACCACCAAAACAUCAAUAAACACGCACACACACGUACACCCCCCACCAGCCCCGGUCCAACCAGGAGCUCUCAUGAAAAUUCACACACCCACGCGAAUAUCGUCAUGUAGGCAGGCGCCCGAAUGUUUGUCAUGCUGAGCAUUUCACAUUUCGCAUUCAGAAUUUAACAACGCCAUCAACAGUGCUAACAUCGAUUACAACGAGGACGGCCUCGUCAGCGGCAUAACAGCGCGGCUGGAAUAAGCUUAAAUCGCAUUUGAAAGAGUGGAAUUUUCGCAAUACAAGUUGGCGACGUGACGACGUGAAUGCUUCGUUAGCAUCGCAUUGCGGCAAGUGUGCUGAAGAGAAGACUUAAUCCCUUUACCCCAAUAACAUCAACAACACCAACAACAACAAUAACAAGAUCAACAAGAAAAAACGGAGCAAAACAGUCAAACCAAUCUGCCCUCCCGCAUUGUGUUUACCGUCAUCCGCCAUCCGCCAUUCGCUAUUCGCCAUUCGCUAAACAAUUCAUUCAACUCAACACAACUUAGAGCACAUCCAAAUCCGCCCACCGUUAUAGCCGCUAUAAGCACAAUUCAGUUUUCCAUUAUACCCAUUUAACCUCUUUUAUUUGAAUUUACUCUACCAUUCGUCUCGACUUAAGCGCCGCCAUUCGCAUUAAGAGUUUUUCUUAAGGGGAUUUGUUCAAAUUGCUUGGCAGGCAUACGUCCUAGUACUAGUUAUAGCGUUCAUUUUAAAUCAGUCAACCGCCGGAACGCUACAACCGCAUUGUUCAAACUAUUAAAGUGUUCCGUCGUUCGAUGAAAGACCGGAGGCGACCAUAGAGUGUUGGGCGAGAGGAAUUCCUCGGCAUUGCUUGGAAUUGUUUGGAAUUGUUGUGUUCGUUCGUAGUAGUGGCGGCGGCGACGACGGCGGUGAUGCAGACAACAGCUGGCAGCCAGCAUUCUCUGUUGGUGUAAUAAAAAUCGUACACGUAAUUUGUGUUGCCGAUGUUGGAACAUGCCAGUGGAUAUGCAAAAGAACGUCUCCGUACAAGUUGAUAGUGAUUUUGCUCUACUUCUGCCAAGCGGUGUUUACGAGAUUAAGAAAAUGGAACCACGCUCCAAAAUACGAACAAUUAUUCUAUUUUGCCUAUUUUUGGCAAUAGCGGGUAUUAUUGGAUUUGGUUACUUCUGCCAAGAUCAGGUUUGUGCAUUAUCAAAGCGCGGCAUGAUGCUACAACCGGACAUAUUGGCCUACAAUGAGGCGAUAAUGCCACCACCUGGAGUCGUUAGCGCUGCAGCGACAUCGGGCAUGGCCAGCAACGCCAAUGGUGUACAUCACUACCAGCAUCAUCAGUAUCAGUCGAGCAGCGGGUCGAGUUCGGCUGUCGCGCUAGCAUCGACAUCGGCGAUAAAUACAAAAUCAAUACAACAAAAUGUAAUUAUUGCCAAUGCGGGCCUUAGCUAUGAAGAUGUCCUCAAUGAUGAUUUCCAAUUCGAUAUGGACGGGCAUGAUGUUAUGGUGUUCCUGCAUAUACAGAAGACUGGAGGCACAUCGUUUGGAAGGCAUUUGGUGCGUGACUUGGAUCUAAAGCGACCGUGCGAAUGUCAACGACAGCGUAAGCGUUGCUAUUGCUUCCGUCCACAUCGUAAUGAGAAUUGGUUAUUCUCACGCUAUUCCACUGGUUGGAAGUGUGGUCUACACGCCGAUUGGACAGAGUUGACCAGUUGUGUUGACAUCGAGUUGGAUAAAAAUGAGGGCGAGACAGCCAAACGAAGGUAUUUCUAUAUUACACUCCUCCGUGAGCCCAUAUCGCGUUACAUGUCCGAAUACCGACAUGUGCGGCGUGGUGCGACGUGGAAAGGUUCCCGUCAUUGGUGUUUGGGCCGACAAGCUACAGCGGCUGAGCUGCCGCCUUGCUAUAAGGGCAAAGAUUGGCUAGAUGUAGAUCUGGAUGAAUUCGCCGCAUGUGAAUCGAAUUUGGCGGCCAAUCGACAGACACGCAUGCUGGCCGAUCUGGCUUUAGUGGGCUGUUACAAUAAGACUGCUAUGCCGACGCACGAACGUGAUCGUGUGAUGUUGGCAAGCGCUAAGCGUAAUUUGGCCGCAAUGGCGUAUUUCGGGCUCACUGAGUUUCAGAAGAUGUCACAAUAUAUUUUCGAAGAGACAUUUAAUCUUCGCUUUGCGAUACCAUUCGAACAACACAAUACCACAAUUUCUGCGUCGGCGGUAAAUAAUUUGCGACCAGAUCAAAAGAAACGUAUCGAGGAGCUGAACAGUUUGGACAUCGAAUUAUAUGCCUUUGCAAAGAAUUUACUAUUCCAAAGGUACGGUUCAUCGAAAUUCGAGCGUUUAAAAGCAAAAGACAACGAUUUCGAGAAGCGCUUUGCCAAUUUGGGCAAUAUCUACUACAAACAGGGUGUAACGGAAUUUAAUUGGGAUAGCAAUAUCGAUGAUGCAUUGAGUACCGAUCAUUGAAAACCAAAUAUUGUGGCAAACACAAAAAAAAAAAAAAACAUACACACAUGGAUAAUUACAUACAUACACGUAUAUGUAUAUGUAUAGGCGUAUUGCAUUUAUAGCUAUAUAUACAUAUAUACCUAUUGUAUAUGGCUAUGUAUGUGCAGCAUAAUUGAAAAAAAGGACUUUAUAUUAGAUUUAAGCUUAAAAUUAACAGCAGUAAAUACUAAUUGUAAGAAAACAAAAAGAAAAAAAAAACAAAAAAAUGUGUAACACUUUUCUAUUUUCUUAUUGUUGUUUUGUAUUAUUUGCUACUUUCAUUCAAUCAACCCACACUGAGUUUGUUUGUUUCCACUCAACUCUGCAAUGAAAUGUGCUUGUGUGUGUGUUGCGCUAUUGUAAAUAUAUUUCUAGGGUAUAAGUACAUAUAAAUAUAUUUUCGUACCUUUUUGUAAUAUUUUUUUAUUUUUAAUUUUGGUCUGUGUGUUUAAAUUUACGUGUUAAAAUUAACUGCUUUGCUAGUUUUAGUUUAAAAUCAUUAAUCAAUUUAUUUAUUAUUGCUAGACUUUUGUAUGUAUGAUUUUACUAUUAACUUAAGUGAACAAAAAUACGCUAAGCCAAAAUUAGUUUAGAUAUACAUAUAUAAAUAUGUACAUUUUAUAAGCUUAGAAAAUAACAUUUAGGCGAACGGAGAGUAUUUUUUUAUGUUUACUUUUUAAAGUUAAUUUUUACCAAAACUACUACUUUUACUCAAUUAAAAUACCAUGUAUUUAUG